UACUUGGCUUUUGCACCUUUUGUAGAAGCACCUUCAUGCCUGUUCUCAAAAACGAACCAUGCGGAUUCCAUGUGAUCAUGUAUGUGCAAGCACCGAAUUUAAAUUUUUUAAGUUUUAAAGAAACAUUUUCUUUUUUUAUAAAAAAGUGAAAAAUAAAUACCAACAUGCAAGCUUUAUGGAAUAAACUUGAUUUACAACGACCAACUGCUUUAACUUUUAAAGUUUCUUUAUGUGAAAUAGAUGCAAAAAGUUUUUUGCUGAAAGUAAAUAAAAUCAUAAAAGACUUAGAGUCUCAAGAAAUGUUACAUUUCGAAUCAGCGGUUCUUGGAAGACUAAUUUACCGUAUGAAAUGUAAAUUUAGAAGCGAUAAAGGUUUAAAAAAUAUGGAAAAAACAAAUCGAGCUCUUUUAAACUAUUUAAAACUUUGCCUAGAAAAUGAUUAUAAAUAUCUUAAAGAGAGCGUAGAGAUUGAUUCUUAUUCAAAUGAUGUUACAUUGCCAACACGACAAUUGAUAGAAUACACAUUAGUUAAAACUCAAAGCUUUGCAAAAUUGAUGUGUCGUAUCGAAAGUGUUUCCCAAGAGGCUGCUGGUUUUCUUAACUCAAGAAUCAUUACUGGACACUCCUGGGAAGUUUCUCUGAUUGCUUUAUCAGUCAUCAGUAGAAUUUGGGUUCUUUCUCGACAUUUAAUAAAAAAAUCCUGUGAUUGGUACAAUACAUUACAUGAAUUUACUCUCAAUUUCAAGAGCUUAGGUGCAGAAUGGCUUCCAAAAAAUUAUAAUCUACCAUUAGAUUUAAAAUGUUGGCUCAAAUUGCCUUGGAUUGAUCAAGCAUUACCAAAUAUUUCGACACACGAAGAAAUGAAGCAAAACAUAUUUAAUUUAAUCAAACCUAACGAUGAUGAUUCUGAAACUGAAUUAAUCUUUGAUAUUGAAAAUAUUGACGAAAUUUUAAAACGUAACAAAGAAACUUUAACUGUAAAAAAGUUUGAAAUAAUUGAAAAAACUUCAAUUUCAAAGAUUAAGAACAGAAAAUCGUUACAAGAAUUAACGUCCUUUCCAUUAGGUGUUACUGAUGUAGGACAAAAGAUAUCUCGCGAUGCAUUUAACUCAUUACUUAAAAAACAAUCUCAAAAAAAGAAGUUAAAUAUAGAUUGUGAAGAUUUGAAAUCGCACCAAAGUGAAGAUGAAUCAGUAGGGAGGCGUGAGCAAAAUAUGAAAACAAGAAGAGAAUUAAAAUACGUUUUAAAUUCUUGUGAUGAAAUGCCACUAGAUAAAAGAAAAAAAAAUUUAACGCCAGAGAAUUUUAAAAAUGAAAAUGAUUUAAUUUUAUUUUUAAAACAAAAAUCAUAUCCAGGAAUGGACAAACUUGAGUGGAAAAAGCUUAAAAAAAGCGUCAGACAAUUUUUAGUGGAUAUUAAUAAUAGUAACGAAUCAGUAUCGAAGAAAAAAAAACUAAAAAUGGUAUUUAAAAAAAUACGAGAAUGGAUAAGUUAACUUACACAUGAAUAUUUUUUUCUAAUUCUUUUAAUAUUAUUAUAUAAUAAACAGGAGAUAUAAAAAAUAGCCUUCGAAAUUAAUAUUUUUAUUCUCUUGUUACAUAAAGCGAAAGAUUAUUACUCCAUGUACAUGUAUAAUUUAAUAAGAGAAGUAGGAAAUAUCUCAUUUUUUUAAAUCGUAUACAGAUAAAUAAUCGAUUAUUCAGACGUACAAGUUGAAAGAAAGGAAUAUUUUUUUGAACGCAAAAUAUUUCGAAGAGUAGAUUAUUGUUGUUCUUUCCGCAAGAUAAGAAAAUUAAUUCAUUCGGUAAGUUUUUAAUGAUUAUAUUUUUCUUUUUAAAUGAUUCUUAAAACAAUGUGGCCAUUUUUUAAGUUGAAUAUUAAAUGUACUUUUUUCGUGAUUAAAUGAGAUGAAAAUGA